AUGUUCUCACCAUCAUCCUCAUUCAUUUUCUUUCCCGCCAUUCAAGCCUUGUCUGAAGCUCUCGGUGUGUCCUUGGAACGGAUUAAUCUCACAAUCACCUCUUACAUGGUUGUUGCCGGCAUUGUACCGGCAAUUGUGGGCGACAUGGCAGAUAUAACUGGGAGAAGGAAUAUUUAUUUACUCACGCUCUUCAUUUAUGUUGUUGCAAACAUAGGACUGGGGGCCCAGAGUAGUUGGGUCGCACUCUUCUUGUUGAGGAUGCUUCAGAGUGCUGGCGGUGCAGCGACCAUUGCAAUGGGAUACGGAGUGAUCUCCGACAUCGCAGCACCAUCCGAGCGGGGUGGCUAUGUUGGUGUGUUACUUCUGGGUCCCAAUUUUGCUACUGCCAUUGGUCCCAUCGUUGAGGGCGCUUUGGUCGAGGGCCCUGGAUGGCGCUGGAUAUUCUGGGUUCCAGCUCUUGUCGCGGGAACGCUUCUUUUUGGCAUCGCUCUAUUCCUACCAGAAACAGCUCGCAGUAUUUUUGGUAAUGGGUCGCGAAAGGUCUCUUCUCUUUAUAAACCACUCGUCAAAGUUGGUCGGUCAAGGGACUCUGCUGCACUUCACGGAGACCAGGAAGAAGCACUUCCGCGCAAAUUUCGCAUCCCAAACCCCCUCGCAAGUUUGAGAAUACUUAUGUCCCGGAGUAGUGUUCUCAUUACUGCGAUCAAUGGCGUUUAUUAUAUGGUUUCCAGUUGUCUUCAAAGCUCCAUGUCAAGCUUGUUCACUGAAAUAUACGGACUCUCGGAGAUUCAGGAAAAAAUCAUGAAUCGGGACUAUAAACUUACAGCCCGAGCGCACAACAUUGUCAUAGACGUCAGUCGUGGUGACGAUCUCAAGCUCUUCCCGAUCGAGAAGGCCAGAUUCAGAAGUAUCUGGUAUUCUAUGUGCGCUACUGGAAUAUCAACUAUUGGUUACGGUUGGGCAUUGCAAUCACGCUCUGUGAGUAACCUUAUCUACGAACUUGGUGUUGUAGCAACAUCAUGA